ACCAACAAAAGCAAGGAAGACGCGAAACUUGUCUGAACGCCGGAAAUUUUCGAACGCGCGCAGCGGACGUAACGGAUGGGCCUUGUUGUAUUUUUGGAUUACAAAAAUUAUUAAACACACCAGAUGCCAGCCAGUGUGGACUUUUAUAUGAAUUUAUCAUGAAUGAAAUUUGAAUGUGAAAAAUUCGUCAUUUUGUCAAUGAAUCAAGCGGCAAAUUUGUAAACAAAGUUUUGAAUGUGUGUUACCUUUGAUUUCGUCAACAGGGGUAUGAUCAAGUGAUCCUAGAAUGAUAUUAAGUGUGAGCUAAACAAAAAAUUAAUAGAAAAAAAUGGCUGGAAAUCACGGCGUUGUUAAAGAACCAAUAAGUGUACAAAAAAACAUCAUAGCAUAGUGAGCAUCAAAAGCAACAGCAAUACCAUAUACGCAUACCUUUUCUCCUCUUUAUGGCCAUAGCCGUACGAACGAACGACCAAACACUGGGCAUGCAUACAUGAAAAAAGGUUCGGUUUUGUUCCAAGAUGAGACAAAAAAGAGGAUUUAUGCGUUCGAUAGUUCAAAUGGAUAAAGUGGUUUUACCGGUUUUAUGAUAACUAUGUGUGCUGGGGAUUGUUCGUUUGUAUGUACGUUACGAUGGAUGCGAUACACGCCAAGCAACAACCAAGUCUGCCAUAGAAUAGUGUUUUGAGUUUUAAAUAUCUUGCUUGAUGAGAAUGAAUUGAAAAAUUGAGAUAAUUUGGAAAAAUAAAAAAAAUCCCAAAUCAAAGUUAGCAAGAUAAAUAGAAAAGCAAGUGCAGUGUUUUCAGUGAUGAGAGAGUGAGAAUUGUGAUAAUAUUUUAAUGAUCGGUUGGCGGUAAUCGCAUCUAUUUCGCAGCAAAUGUCACUCACAUUCAAGCGUCUUAUAUUUCUGGGUGGAGAAUCAAAGUGAAUUGGGAUUGAACAAAAUGCCGUUUGUUCAACGUGUUAUACAACCGGUUAAUCUAGCGCAAAUUUGCUCUACAGCCGGUUCCGGCAAUCAGAAAACCAGCAAAUUCCUAUGCAUACCUGGCAAAUGCCAAAACAGCAAUUGCAUCAACAACAAAAUAACCCCACAGCAACAAACUCUGACCGCCCGAGAUGCCCCAACACCACUUCAUAAAACAGAGUCUCAGUUGCUGCCAUCCUCCUCGUCAUCGUCGUCUCCGCCGCCUCUAAACAAUGGUGAUUUGUUACUGUCAAGGGCAACCUCACUGUUAAACAGCAAUGCCAAGGACGGCCUGAUAUCACCGUCACUAACAUCCUCGACAACAGCCUCAUCCACCACCACCGUAACCACUGCCAUAAUACACAACAAUGGCAGUGGUAUUGGUGUUGGCCCCCACAACAUCAUGAAUGACUUGGGCAAGGAUAGCACGGCCAUUACGGUCGUGAAUAAUCCCAAUGGUGGCUUUGCCAAUAGUUUCUCCUAUACCACAGACCAUGAAGAUGAUUGUGCCAUGCCACCCGUGUCACCUGCACCAACCAUGCCCAUGAAAAAGCUACGGCAACAUGUUGAAUUCCUUUCGAACAUACCAUCGCCUACCCGAACCCAUCCCUCCAGAUCGACCAAUUCGACAUCGGGUUCGGCGGCAAUCCGUACAUCAUCGUCGCAACGACAGCAACAACGUUUGCGAUCACCACAAUCACCAACGGCGGCCAAAAUCGUAGCCGGGUAUGAAUUUGAUUCGAUCAGCAAUAUUACUUUGAGUAAUGCUUUGCGGCAAUUGGCCUCGUUGGUCUUGAUAGCCAGUGAUAUAUUUGAUGAUUUGCAAAGAGAAUUGCAGACUGUGGGCGAUAGGGCGCGUGUUGUGCAAAAGAAGAUUGUAGCGGUUGAGAGACGCGUUAGUGCAUAUGAUCCUAAAAUGGUCACAGUCCCGGAAAGCGACCUUUUAACAUUCGCACAACGUAAACAGCACUACGACAGCGACAAGUCUUUUCAAAAGGAACUCUUCACCAGCGACACCCGACCACAGAGCGUACGUGCCCUCUAUGAAGAGGCCGGCAAAGUGACACCACCGCCACCAUCUUCAGCAGUGAUCGGAGGUUCAGCGACGUCAACGGCUGCUGGCUCCCCCACAGCAUUUGCAUCCGGCGGUCAUUCCCAUAAUGAAGUUUUGGGUGACGGCAGCGAUGCGUUGCUGGGUGAUGGACUGACGAAUGGUACACAUCUCAUGGCUGCUGGCAGUGAUGAUUUGUUUUGCCCAUUCGGCAUUGCUAGCCGAAAGAUGCGUAAACGUAUCGAUGCUGAAAUUGAAAUAAGAUUGCCCGCCGCCAUAGAAGAUUUACGCAAGUGGACCUCUGCCGAGGCCUUGGGCGAUGUUACAGUUACGCCCGAUUGCAUGCACCAUGUGGAUACUUCGGUAUCCACUUCUGUGGUUAUUGGUGAUAAUGGUGUCCUCACACCGGCCCUGUCUCCGUCCGUUCUAUCAGCUGAUGCUGUAGAUGCCCUCUAUUCCGUAGAUGUCAAUAAUACAUUAAUCGAUAACAGUCAUAUUCCUAAUGAUAUCAAUAACGAUGUGCCUUUAAAUCAUCGACUGCCCUCCCCCGAGGAACAAUGUAAAAUUAUAGCAUUAAGAUAUCCUGCCGAAGUUAUAUCUGUUGAUACAUCUGGCAAACGUUUCCAGCGUAUGUGCAUGGCUCGCAAAUCGACCACGGGCGUUUUUACCACCAUGCCCGACACCAAUAAUCUCAACGAUGACGUCCAGACUGUGGCGAGACGCUCUCGAUCACGAAAAGCACGCGGCAAACGGCGUAACACAAUAGCCGGCAUUGAUCAAAAGGAAAUACAAAGUGCUGCCAAUGGCGAUACAACGGCUACUAGCGGCGAGCUUAAAAAUGCUUUAGCUUCGACUGGCGAUGGAAAUGGGGAUGAGGAACAGCAACGGAGCCGGUCCGAAUUGAAGACGUCGAAAUCGAAAUUCGGUCGUAGCAAGUCGAGUGAUCUGUUAAAAAAAGAAUCUGUUGCCUUGCCCUAUGACAAGGGAAAGAGCACCCUGACCCGUUUGAAUUCACUCAAGCAAUGGGGUCGUAAUCGAUUCAAGUUUAUGCAGCGCAAUGCCGCAUCGGGCGCAGGGGAUCUGCACAAUGCAUCGGGAUUGUCGACGAUCAAUAGCAGUGGUUGCAGCAACGAUUUGAAUUCGUCCGGUUCAAGUGUUCACAACUCGUCGGCGGAAAAGGCAGAGGUGUGUUCGGCUUCGGGUAGUGCUAGCGUUUCGUCGCAGAAAACCUCCUCGACAGCCAAAAUGGGUGAAAAAUCGGGUACGGAUAUCGAUGAGGAUUGCCGUGUUCAUGAGUUUGUUACGCAGCGUGCGCACGAAAGUCGGUUUUCGCACGAACGAAAACCUUCGUAUUCGUCGUCAGAGAAAUCUAUGAGUGUCAGUAGUUCGGGUCAUUUGAGAGGUAAACUUCACUUGAAUUCGGCAUGUGCGAAUGUGAAGCUGAGAGAUACUUCUUCUUUGAAUCGUCAACGUCGCAUGAAUGGCUUGGGCGGCAAUAAGGAUGACCAGCCCCAUUCGAGCAGCGGCAACUGGAGUGCGAGUUCGGAAUCUGGUCGAGCCUCAAUUGGCAGCGAAAUAACUUUGCAGCCCAAAUCGAGUGCAUCGAAUACUUCGUUAAAUGUCUCCAGUUUCCAGAAUGGCAGCAGUGCUCCCCCUUCUUCGAUGUUGAGCCGUAGACGAUUUUUCAAUACCUCCGCAUCGAGCAGUGUAACCAGUGAAGGUACUGCCACGCCCGACUUGCAGAUGGCCAAUGAAGGCACGUAUCCCAACCAUUUGGACGAUGAAACCAGUUCCGCCUAUUCCUGUGACACAGAGGGCUAUUACACCUCCUUCCACAUGGACAGUGGAUUGAGAACUUUGAAAGAGGAAGAAAUUAAUAUGAGCAAUUUCCAAAUCGGAGGCCACCCUUUGAAUGCAUCGCUUUUUGCUCAACCACAAACCAGCUUCACAAACUCUCCGCAAACGGCAAUGGCAGCGGAAAAUGAAUAUGAGCUAUUUGGCCGAGGUUCAACUUCUACUACCACCAGCUCAGCCGGUACUGUGUGUACAACACUGAUGGCCCACAAUUCUGGCGCGGAGCAGUCAAGUUUGAAUAAUAGCUUGGCCAGCUGUGGUCCUGAGGUUCCCGAGCGUGUUAGCUCCCUACGUCUAAGCAGUGCUUCAACUAGUACCCUAGAGCGGAGUAUCUCUAGCAGCACUAUUGGCAGUACCUUGGAGAGAACGGGCACCAUAAAACGCAAUGUCAAUGCCACACUGAAGUUGUCUUGCAACGAAACAUCUUUGGACACUGUUCCAGGCAGUACAGAAACCCCAGAAUCACAGGAGGAAGAUUUUAACUUCAACGAACAGAUUAGGAAGAGGGGAGCUUUGCCUUUGCCCAACUGCACGGAAGUAGAGGUAUCCGAGUGUUCAGACCUUGAGGGCGUCGAGAGAAUAGAACGCAUAAAACAAAAGACAGCCUUAAAUGCUAAACGCAUACCAUCCAUGUGUAUUAUAACGCCAUCUACCAGCGAUGACGAAAACCAUCAAUUGGAAGACUACAAUUCCAGUCGUGCCGAAGAAGUUGUCGAGGAGGAGGAUUUAAAUAAAACUCUAACAGAGGAUAGUUUUAAGGACCUUGUCGACGAUGCUGAUGUCAAGCAACAGCUUUCGCAGCAAGAGGUCGACAAGAAUUUGAACCACGUCAGAGCACCCAACAGUUUAUCCCUUAUGGAUAAACUGAAGGUUGUGCUGCCCUCUAUCAAGAAAUUUCCCAGGAAAGCUUUUCCACCGGCCGAGCUUUCUGUUAUAAACGACGACGAGCUUUACGACCUGGCUGGCGAAUAUGUUUACAUAUCAGCCGAUGUUAGCAACAACAAUAAGAAAGCUUACAAUGGCCAACAGCCGCAGGCAAAAGCAUCUGGCUCCAGCUCGUUGGGAAUAUAUUACUCCAGCAGCAGCAUGCUGCAAAGGCCCCAAGCGACCGAGUAUGUUUCUCUCAAUGAAUUGCCCAAAACAAUGCAAAAGGGGUAUGUUAAGGAUUCCCCCACUUCUCUCACUCCUACUCUUGUCCGCAACACAAUGGAGGGUACUUUACUACUUGAGAGAGAAGGCACUGAAAGACAAAGAAACACAAUGUGCGCCGACUCGGAAAUCAACAAGGCAACAACACAAAAUAAUUCAAAAACAACAGCCACAACAAACUCACCAUCGCCGUCGUCGUCGUUGUCGUUGGCAGCGGUGCCCAUGUACGCCGAAAUAAAUGAAUUGCGCUCCGAAAUUGCAGCAUCUGCCACCACUACGGCAUUGGCAUACUCUGCAAAUGCUCCUGGCACUCUCAGCUAUUUGCAAAAUACACCACCAUCAUCUGCCUCCUCGUCGCCACAUGUCUCACCCCAUAAGGGAGCGAGAGUACGUAUGAAUGCACAAGGCAAGCCAAUUUACGAUUCCGAUAGUUUGAAACGACGUAAAGGCGCGCACACAACAUUCGCACCGGGUCCGUAUGUUAAGCCACAAUACGAGUCCGACACUGCCGACCGUCUGCCAAAAGAAAACGAAAGUGUCGAUACCACACUACGCAACGCAACGAAUGCGACGAAUAUCCAGUCGCAUUUUUCAACAACAUCAGUGAAAAGUGAAAGUGUAAUUAAUCCGGUGGCAAAAUUACUACUGCUCAACAAAAGCAAUGCCAAUCCUCGUAAAAUCGCCAAUGUACGGCCCAUAAUCAAUCACAAAUCGCCCUUAACACGGCCACUGCCUUUAACGCCCGUCGAACAAAGCACUGCCAACAACGCGGAAAUGUCGGGCUCCUAUCUGGCCACUACCACAUCCAACUACGCUGCCAUCUACAGCGAUGCCAAACAGCUGACGGCCAAUCAAACAAAUCCCUAUUUCCAUCAACAGUCAAUGAUGCAUUCACCCUCUACUAAAUCGACGACAUCCAGUUCGGGCUCCACCAUAUCAUCUUCGACGGCCUCAUCUUCAUCCGCCACAGCCUCCAAUGCAGCUAUUACGCAUAGUCGCGGCUCCGUUUCAUCCAAAGAUGACGAAGGUUAUCAACAUUUAUAUAAGCAUCCCGAUGAAGUGGACUCAAUGAUGCAGCCUUACUAUGAGACCCUCAGUCAAAGUCAGAAUCCAGCGGCGUCGACAUUCCAACGAAAUACGCCUCUCUAUUGGACUUUGCAAAAUCGCCGGCCGGUUAAACCGCAGGCAACAACCAAUGCUCUAAGUCGUGAUGAUUUGUAUGCCACGCCCCUAAAACGAUCCGAGAGAUUGGCUCUGGCCCAGCAGCGUCAACAGCAAGCGAACGUCCAAUCUCCAGUACAGGAAAAUGCCUGUCAGAUGUCUUCGCCCAGUGCGUUGCGCAAUCGCAGCGGCUUUAUGACAUCAACGCCCAUACGCCACUCAGAUUCUAAUUUGCCCGCGGAUAAUAUACCCGCCAAACAGCGCCUCAAGAACUGGAACGACGAUUCGCCCGAACGUUUGAACACAUGUGCGGAUCGCAUUGGUCAGAGCAAAACCAGUCUUAUGGACUUCAAACGUUUGCUGUUGGCCAAAUCAGCUAAAACAAGCACAGUUCCCAAGAAGGUAUCGGCCGUGGAGUUGUUGAAGAAGAAUAGUCUUUCCCAACAACAGCAGCAGCAGCCGCAGUCUCCUGUUGUGUCUCCCCUUAAAUCGUCUGGCUCCAAUCCCAUUAAUAUUGCCAACAGCAACACGGCCGUCUCCCAACUUAACUCUUCCAUGAAACUUUUAGAUUUAAGUGGUUCUCCCAAAACGUUUGCCAACCGACGUAUGUUACGUCAGGGCCAAUUUGGUUCGCCUUCCAAAAGCUUUGCACCCAAGGUCAAAAAUGUCCGCUCAAAUUCACUGCAACGAACCGACAUAAUGUCCACUACUAUACCCGAAGCCAACAGCGAAGAGGACCAUUCGAAUAACUCCCUAAACAGUUCGAAAAACUCUGAGGAGGAAAAUCUUAUCGAUCGCGAUAGUUUCAACAUAAAACGCAAUAUAUUUCUUCAGUCAGAGGAAAAUAAUUUCAUGCGCAGCGAAUUGAGAUCAAGUUUUGGCCGUGCUACCAAUAACGCCAAGGGCGAAUCAAAGCUACCCAUCAUUAGCAAGGUGGAGCCCAUAGUGAAACCACUUAGCGGUUCCACAACUGCUGGCCUCUCCAGCCUGUCCUCCAUGAUGGCCAAUGUUAAUGUGGCCACCAACAGCGAAAGCGUUAUGAGUGCGGCCACAGUAGCAGCUUCCUUGGCUAAUAUGCCAGCUCUAGAGACCGCUUUGUAAACCCAGAAAUCCUAUCACGCCACAAUUAUAGAAGGAAUACCAGAAUCAAUGCAUUUAUAUAUUGGAUAUAAUAAAAGAUAUUCUUAUUACCAAGCGAAACAAUCAACUCAUAACAAAGGGGUAUUUACAAUAUUUAGUUAUGUAGUUAGUUAGCUAGCUUACCUCCCAAGUUGUGUUCGAAUCAAAUCCGUAGGAAAACAAAUUAACGAAAUGCAACUCUGUGUUCUUUUCUGAAAUUAAAAAAAAAAAACAAAAUAAAAAAUUAAAAAUUAAAAGCCCCCAUUUUGUUUACACACUCCUUUAAUCUGUACAUUUUCUUUUAAUUUAUAAACAAAUAUAAAAUCCAUAUUUAUAUAUACAUACACCCAUAUAUUUCGAAUUAUGAGCAGCUAUUUAUUGAAAUUGUGUAGCCUUAAGAUUUUUUUUUUAAUAAUUUACGAUCCGUUAGCCUUUGUACAAAUCUUAUGUAUUGUUUAGCUAUAAUCCUCCAAGUUGCACAACUAAAAUUUGUUCGAUAAUUCUUAUCUGUCAUAAAUUAUUCUAAAUUAUUUCGACAUUGGCAUAUCGAUCCUACAUUUACCUACAUAUACACAUCCCUAAAUACCUAGCAUAUAAUUUUAAAUUAUAAUAAGGAGUUUUCUCUAAUUUUCCGUUUGCAAUAAUGUUCUUUCUAUCUAGUUUAUCAUAUUUAUUUUCUUGAAUUUUUUUCUGUAUAUCUAAGCAUAUUUUCUGAUUUAUUUGUUUAACAUGCCAGCCAUUCGAUAUAGCCACCACAUACAUGUGGUUAAAAUUUGUUGUUUCCAGCAAUUAUAUUUAACUAUUACCAAUUCAUUUUGUAUUUAGUUUGUAAACCCAAAACAAUAAGCAAGCAUACAUACAAUAAACAAACAAACAAAUCGAUAAGUAAAUAAACGCAUUAAAAAGUUGCAAAUAAAA